GGGAAUUGCAGUUGCAGGAGGAGAUCCCAGCUUGCCUGCUCUUUUCAGGGACUGAACGGGAUGCGAGUGAGGAUGAAGAGCUUGCAUUUUGGAUUUAGAAAUAAUCUGCAUUAACGACAGUCCAGAGAUCCAGCCUCUCCGGUCCUGUCGCCUCCCCAUGGACUGACAGACCUAAGCGAAACCACAUCGACUGGAACCUGCGAGAUCUGUUCUUCGAAGCCCGGAUCGUAGCGGCAGAGGCAAGGCAAGAUGACAUCGCCAGCAAAAUUCAAGAAGGAUAAAGAGAUCAUUGCUGAAUAUGACACCCAAGUCAAAGAGAUCCGAGCCCAGUUGUGGGAGCAGCUGAAAUGUCUGGAUCAGCAGUGUGACCUGCGCACCCAACUCCUCCAGGAUCUGCAGGACUUCUUCCGUAAGAAAGCUGAGAUUGAGAUGGAUUAUUCCCGUAACCUGGAGAAACUCAGCGAGCGGUUCCUUUCCAAAACGCGUGGAGCCAAAGAUCAACAGUUCAAGAAGGAUCAAAAUGUUCUUUCUCCAGUGACCUGUUGGAACCUGCUCCUCACACAAGUGAAAAGAGAGAGCCGCAAUCAUGCUACAUUAAGUGACAUCUACUUGAAUAACAUCAUCCCUCGAUUUGGUCAAGUCAGCGAGGACUCUGGACGGCUCUUUAAGAAGAGUAAGGAGAUUGGUCUGCAGCUUCAGGAGGACCUCAUGAAAGUGUUAAAUGAGCUUUACACGGUGAUGAAGACCUAUCACAUGUAUAAUGCAGAUAGUAUCGUAGCACAAAGUAAGCUGAAGGAGGCGGAGAAACAGGAGGAAAAGCAAAUGAGCCGGUCGGUGAGACAGGAAGAUCGUCAGACUCCCCGAUCCCCAGACACCGCCACCAGUGUCCGCCUAGAUGAAAAACACAUUAGGCGCAGCUCUGUUCGAAAGAUUGAAAAGAUGAAAGAAAAGCGUCAAGCCAAAUACACAGAAAACAAGGUGAAGGCCAUUAAGGCUCGUAAUGAGUAUGUACUGGCACUGGAAGCCACUAAUGCGUCUGUCUUCAAAUACUACAUCCAUGACUUGUCUGACCUCAUUGAUUGUUGUGACCUGGGCUACCACUCGAGCUUGCAUCGUGCUCUGCGCACUUUCCUUUCUGCCGAGUUCAACUUACAACACUCCAAGCAAGAAGGACUGGAGGCUCUGGAAAAUGCCACCGAAAACCUAGAUGCCACUUCAGACAAGCAACGUCUCAUGGAAUCCUCCAACAGUGUCUUCUGCCCUCCUGUGAGGUUUGAGUUCCAACCGCACAUGGGAGAUACAGUCUCUCUAUUGUGUGCACAGCAACCUCUACAGGGAGAGUUGGCUCAGAGGUGCCAGCAGCUGCAGUGUCGGUUGUCCACAUUACACAUAGAAAAUGAAGAGGUUAAAAAGACAAUGGAAGCUACGUUACAGACCAUCCAAGACAUGGUGACCGUGGAGGACUUUGAUGUAUCAGACUGUUUCCAGUAUAGUAACUCAAUGGAAUCUGUGAAGUCCACGGUGUCCGAGACCUACAUGAGCAAGCCGAGCAUAGCCAAGCGGCGGGCCAACCAGCAGGAGACCGAGCAAUUCUACUUCACUAAGAUGAAGGAAUUCCUGGAGGGACGAAAUUUGAUUACAAAACUGAAAGCCAAGCAUGACACGUUACAGAAGACCCUGGGAGAGUGUCAACGAACAGACUGCUCUCUCGCCAGUGGUCGAAGAAUGUCUACUCUACGGAAGCAGGACUCCAAGCAACCCAUUCCCUUGGUGGUUGAAAGCUGCAUAAGGUUCCUCAGUCGCCAUGGUCUUCAACAUGAGGGAAUCUUUCGAGUGUCUGGCUCCCAGGUCGAAGUAAAUGAUAUUAAGAAUGCGUUUGAAAGAGGAGAGGACCCUCUAGAAGAAGACCAAAAUGACCAUGAUCUGGAUUCGGUGGCUGGGGUUCUGAAACUUUACUUUCGUGGGCUGUUGACUCCUCUUUUCCCUAAAGAAAUCUUCCAUGACCUCUUAAGCUGUGUCUCUAUGGACAACAUGCAAGAACGAGCGUCUCACAUACGCAAAGUCCUCCUCUGCCUCCCUUCUCCUACAAUCGUCCUUAUGAGAUACCUUUUUGCCUUCCUCAAUCAUCUUUCUCAGUUCAGUGAUGACAGCAUGAUGGACCCCUAUAAUCUUGCCAUCUGCUUCGGUCCCACCCUGAUGUGUGUACCGGACAACCAGGACCAAGUUUCUUGCCAGUCGCAUGUCAAUGAAUUGAUCAAGACCAUCAUCAUGCAGCAUGAGAGCAUCUUCCCUGGCCCACGUGAGCUGGAUGGGCCAGUUUAUAUGGCUGGCAGUGGUGGCGAAGACUGUGAGAGCUCUCAUAGUGAGCCGAUCUCCGCUGAAGACUCUGUUUUGGAUAUGACAUCGGAGAUGCACAGCACAGAUGAUGGAUCCCAUCCAAACAGCAUUGGAUACAGCAGGCGAAUACCAGCUACUGGAAGUGAUGACCCCCCUAGUGAGCGAUCCAGUCCCCGAUCUGACCCAGAGCAGAGUUCUGAGCCAUUGGUGGAGGAAAAGGUCACCGCUAGAGCAAGCCUCAGCUGCCCCGCAGGGACCCACGUGGCUGACAUUUACCUCGCCAACAUUAACAAGCAGAGAAAAAGACCAGAGUCUGGCAGCAUCCGGAGACCAUUUAGACAGAGUGACAGUGUCUCCAGCUCCGACACUUCAGAACCAGCAUCACCAGGAGCGACUGUACGGCCAACAUCUCAGCCUGUCAUGAGCCAGACGUUCUCCAGAGAAGCUCCAGAUCGCUGCUCCAUUAGUGGACAUGGCACAGUCAGCAGCAUCAGCCGACACUCAUCUCUUAAGAACAGGAUGGACAGUCCUCAGAUACGCAAAGCAAUGGCCGCCAGCAGGUCUAAAAGCUUCAAUAAUCACCGCCCGCUGGACCCUGAAGUUAUUGCUCAGGACAUUGAGGCAACAAUGAACUCUGCGCUGAAUGAGCUACGGGAGCUUGAGCGCCAAAGCAGUGCAAAACAUGCCCCAGAUGUGGUGCUGGACACCCUAGAGCCCCUAAAGAUUUCACCUGUGGCUGCUCCCAAUUCUGAGCCUUCUAGCCCUCUUCAUGCUCAGUCCCUGCGGGACCAAGAACCUGGUUUUCAGCGAAGCUCUAGUUCCGCUAGCGACAUCCCUUGCUCGUUCCGUACCGCUAAAUCUGUACGUCUACCCCCCUCAAGGCCUCCAGCUACCCGUCCCAAACCAUCUAUGUUCCCUAAAUCCAAUCCCCCUGCACCUGGUAGUGUUGGAUCAACAUCUGGUCAGCAGCCACCUGACAAGUCUUGUCCGGUGUGAUUCAGGUGACUUAGGGCCACCACUGUGAAUUCUAUGCUAGAAAUCUUCAACGUGUACAUAUGGACUUCUGUUGAGUCGAAUGUGGAAGCUGAUGGAAGUAAGAGCCCUAAACUAAAGGCUGAGAGGGGAAAUGUAUGGGCCCAGGACCAAAUGGAAAGAAGUUUAUUUUUUUUCACUGGUCCCAUGUAGGAUUAACGUGUUCCAGUCUUGACAAGUAGUGGCACAUCUGCUGGCAACUCUAAGCUGUCUCAAUGAAUUAUCCACUGCUGUCAACAUCGAUUGGUUGUUCUUCUCGUUUAUUCACAAAAGGCUACUGUAUGUCUAAGCAAGCAUUUCCUGACUUACUAAACUAGAACACUAAGCCAGUCUUAACAAUGAAUGCUUUCAGUUAAUGUCUUCACUUUGAAUCCUUUCAGUAUUGUGUAUGUUACAUACAUCAUAGCACAUAUCUAAGAAGCUUGCGGCAGAAAAGCUCUUCAUGUACAUGCAUGAGAAGGGCACAAAUGUCCCAGUCAGAUAGGAGGGUACAUAAUCUGCAGAUUUCUGUCUCUUUAAAAUUUGGGAAAUGGAUCAGUUUUAAGAGACAUUCCAACGGCGAUUCCUCAGAAAUUGAUUUAAAUUAUUAAUGAAUUUAGGAAGAACCUUUCUAGGUAUAUGGUGAAUAGACCUUUUUCCUUGUUACAUAGGGUGGUUCUCUACCUAUAAUCUACACCAUUUCUAAAGGUAGAAUGGGUUAUAUUUAUUCAUAUUGAUCCUAUAUGGGACCUUUGCUUUUAAAGUCUUUAAUUCUCCAUUGCACUUGUAGAGAUGAGAGCAUCGUUUGGGGGAAUCCGUAUAUUACGUUUACCCCGUCUACGUGUAAAGUCUGGGUAGAUUGUGAGCUCUCUUUUGUGGAGCGUGACUUAUUUCUUCCUUUUUACAUUCCAUUGUAUUCUAUACUAGUUCCAUUAGUCCCAUGAAGGAUUCAGAGCACCUAAGUUAGUAUCUGUUCCUUUCUAAAUAAUUGGUGCUCUGGGUUCCAUUAACGAACACCGUAGCCAGCCAUCCUGUGUCUUCUAUAUAUUUUUAAACCAAGACGCUCACCUAAAUUAUGCAGCUAAGGUGGUUUUCACACUGCAUUUUACCUGUCUGAGGUUUGAAAUCUACCCAAAGACAUCAUCAAUGAUAUGUGCUUGAAGGAGAGGGGCGACUGGCUUUGGAGCCAACAGCCCUCAUUGUUCCAGUCUGUUCCCCAUAACAUAAAAAAGUAGACUUGCUUGCCCGCACUCCUGACGCUGCUCAGUUCCCAGACACUUCUUGGUCCAGUGACUACUUUGGCCAAUCCUCUGUCACAUUGGCUUGUAUAGUACCUCACAGUUGUGACCCAACACUCAAGCCGAUGUGACCACUAAGGCCUCCGGCCACUUUCUGGUCCUGCAGGAAUGUAACAGGAGCGGGACCGCGGGCAGGUAAGUCUGCUUUUUUAUGUUCAGGGGCACAGGUCUGCACGAUAGGGGUUGUCUGGCUUUGGAACUUAAUGGGGGGCAUCUGUAACCAAUAGUUGCCAUGUUAAAAAAAAAACAU